UCUUAUCAGCUGACUCAACGACCGUUGUAAGACCUAGCCUUGUAGGCGCAACAGUGUACAACGAAAGACUGUUUGUGAAGGGAGUAACAAAUCGUGUACAACGUGGAAUAUAACUUCUCAAGUGUUUUUGAGAUCCCCACGAAAUGCUUUAAGUCGCCAAGCUGAGCUGUUUCGCUGUUUCUGCAUCGACUCGUUCACGUGUAUAAAAGACGAUCAUCAAGACGACUAAUUAGCCAUAAGACAGCUUGCUGAACAAAAUGGAUGACCUUACUGAAGAGCUGAUAAGGGCCGCCCGCGAAGGAGACGCGCAGGGUGUCGAGGCCGCCCUCAAGGAAGGGGCGAACAUCAACUUCCUCGGCAAAGGCGGCUGGUCGGCUCUCCACCACGCCGCUUUCGAGGGUAACGUCGACAUGACACGCCUACUCAUCUCCUUUAGUGCAGACGUGGGCGUGAGCAGCGGAAAGAAGUCGGAGGGAGGCGUAACCCCACUUCACUUGGCGGCCGAAGCUGGGUAUGACUUGGUGAUGGAAGCUCUUUUAGAAGCCGGAGCAGAUAUAACAGCGAGUGACAGCAACGGAUUCCAGCCUGUUCACUGGGCGACAACGCAAGUGACCGCCUUGGCUGUGCUGCUGAACCAUGACUGCAACCUCUCUGCCCAAGCGAGCGACCUCUCGACUCCCUUGCAUCAUGCAGCCACCGAAGGCAAGCUGGACGUGGUCAAGUGGCUUGUGCAGAACGGAGCCGACAGCACCAUCAAGGACAAGGACGGGCGGCUGCCGGUGGACAGGGCAAAGAAGAAGAAGCACCGGGAGGUGGUCGACUACCUUAAACGGGCGAAGCCUCGAGGAAAAUCGUCGUCGGUAUUCGGAACAAUGAGGAAAUCUUUCAGAAAACAGAAACACACAAAAGAAGACAGACGUUCUUCGGAACCCAAUCUCUCUAGGAAAUCCGCAUCGCAGCCAAAUCUUUUAUCAUCAUCGAGCAAAGGCAAGAGCGCUGAGGAGACACAUGAGAAACUUGCAUCAGACUCUCCAGAUUUUGUUCAAACCUAUCACCAGGAGGAGAGUAUUGAGCACGUGGAAGUACAGAGUCGAUUGGAAGACGAGCUCUAUCAGAAAGAUGUUCUCAUCAGACAACUUCAGUCGGAGAAGGAGGCGGUUGAACAAGAUCUGUACCGGAAGAACAUGACACUUGCCCAAACACAGCAGAUGGAGGACAAAGUGAGAGACGCUCUUAUUGGCGUCCUCGGUCGACUUCGCAACGAGGAAGGAGACGGGCAGGAAGAACAGCCGAUGGUGCUGAACCUCGAGACGCAAGUGAAGGAGUUGGAGCAGCACUUGGAGAGGCAGAGGCAGGAGUUGGCGAGCUACCAGGACGGAGCCAGGCAGUACGUGGAGGAGCUCGAGGCGAUGAAGAACCUACACCAAGAAGAGAUGGUCAGCCUCAGCCGGCAGGUAGAGGAGCUGCAGUCCCAGCUGGAGUGGGAGCGGAAGGAGAGGUCGAGAGAGCAGGUCGAGUCCCAGCAACGCCUUGAGCCGAUGCAGUUCGAGGUGGAGAAUUUCCGGAGGACGAUGGUGGACCUCGAGGACCAGGUGAGGGAGCUUCAGCAGCAUCUGGAAGGGCAGCAGAGGGAACAUUCGAAGCUUCAGACUUCAGCAAACCAACGGAUUCAGUCGCUUCAGGCAGAAAACGAUGAAUACAAGAAGACGGUGACGUCCCUGGAGGGGCAGGUGCGGGAGCUCCAAGGCCACCUGGAAGGACAGCAGCGUGAGCACUCGAGGGACCAGACUUCAGCCCACCACCAGCUGCAGAGCCUCGAGAAGCAGAACGAACAGUACAAGCAGACCGUAGUGGGGCUAGAACGAAGGGUCGAGGAACUGCAGCAAGACUUGGGCUUUCAGGAACGAGACCUUUCCAAGGAAUUGACUUUGGCCAAACAAAGAGUGCAGUCGCUGGAGAUUCAGAACACUAAUUACAGAACGAUGGUGGGCAGACUUGAGGAACGAGUGAAGCACCUUGAGGAACACCAAGAAAGACUACAUGCAGCAGCCAAAGACAAGGAGGUCAGUGGCGUCGUGCCGACUUUCAAUAAAACCUACACGCCUAUAUACCGCCGUGGUCCCGCUCCUUGGAACCCGUCGACUGCAGGAAAGUGAAAGAGUUAAUUGGCAAAGAGAAAAGGGCUAUCUGACACAGAUGAUUUGUUUCCAGUGUCGCUGUGGCAGUUGUAGAAGGGACAGGAGGUGCUGGAUAUUGUUCUUUUCUUAUUGUUCAUUUUGGAUAUGAUAGAGAAAGUGAGAGAGGACGAGAGUUGAUGUUUUUUAAGCAUUUUUACUCGGAUAUUAUAUAAAUGAAAGUGAAAGAGAAAUGGAGGUAUUGGAAAAAGAGAACGCUGACAUAGUUAUUGCUUUCAUAUGACUCUAUAAGUGGGAUUGAGACAGAAAGAGAAAUUUAAGUAUUAGAGAGGAAUGUUUGAUACUUAUGUAAAGAGAAGUAGAGCGAGGGAGAACAUUUAGAAAUUAUUUAUAUUUAUAUGCUAUCACAUCACUGUUGUCCCUUAUGUGUUCAACGAUUUUAAUGUUUUAUUGAUGAUGACAAGGGAAAAAAAGACUUUUCAUCAUUAUUCUAUUGUUAUACUUAUUAUUUUUAUCAUCACCGUAAUAAUUAUUGCUUUCUUUUUCAUCACUACUAAUAUCACUAUGAUCGUUACUACUAUGAAUAUAAUUUUUAUCAUGACAAGUAUUAAAUCAUUGUCAUUAUUAUAGUUAUUAUUGUUAUUACCAAGAUUAUGAUUUUUGCUUAUGUAAUCAUUUGUAUAGAUAUAAUAGUGAUAAGCAUUAUUACUGUUGUUAUUAUCAUUAUUAUUAUUAUUGAUGCCCUUGCCAUCUCCAUUAUAAUCAGUAAAAGCUUAUCACACCUCUGCUGCCUAUGGGUGGAUAUGAUACUUUAAUGAGUGGUACUUUUUAACAGGAAAACUAAAGCAGAAACUUCCCUCUGAUUUUGUAUUUGCAUUUUAUUCAAUUGCCUGCUGUAAAACAGUAGUAAAUGAUUAUCGGCUAUAUCUGGAAAAUGUAUAAAGAGGACGCAUGAGCAAUGUUUUCUUUCUUGGGGAGGGGGGAGGGGGCGCUCACUGAGAGAUCUAUACCGUAAGAUGCAGCAGCAUUGUGAUGUCUAUGUGUGGGUUAAAAAUCUUUCAUACUGUCUUUACUAAUUCAUCGUUAGGUGGCUUCAACUUCACACUGCUUUUAGAAAGAAAUAACUACAAUGGCAAUGGUUUUAUAACAUUAUUCUUCUUUAACAUUACCCUCAUUACUUGUAGCCUAUCUUUUCCAUGCACAACCAAACCUAUGUGCUAUGUAUGUGUGUGCAUGUGUAGUUUUUUAUGGGGGGAUAAUACAUCACCAAAAACAUUUGCUGUUCUCUGAAUUUUAAUAAAAUGUGUAAAGAAAA